UGCACCCAACUCCCUCACACCAUCACAACCCACGUUACAAAUCCUCCUCCUCAUCAUAACCAUUCUGUUUUCCGCAUAAUAUCCAAAAACCUAUCAUGUCUGAAGAGAAACACCACCGCGGUCUCUUCCACCACCACAAGGAUGAAGACAAACCCUCAGACUACCCUCAGUCUGGCUACUCUGAUGAAGGACGUCCCGGCGGCCUCGGUGGUGGUUACGGCGACACCAAUGAUUAUUCUGGUGAAGGACGUACCGGCGGCCUAGGUGGUGGCUAUGGCGACACCAAUGCUUAUUCUGGUGAAGGACGUCCCGGCGGCUAUGGCGGCUAUAACGAGACCACUGCUUACUCUGAGGAAAGAGUUGAAAGACCCGGCGGUGGCCGGUACAGUGAGACUACUGCGGCAUAUGGCAGCACCACCACUCAUGAAUCUGAACUUGAUUACAAGAAGGAGGAGAAGCACCACAAGCAUCUCGAGCACCUCGGCGAGGCCGGUGUAGCUGCUGCCGGCGCUUUUGCCUUGCAUGAGAAGCACAAUGAAAAGAAAGACCCAGAGCAUGCCCACAGGCACAAGAUAGAAGAGGAGAUUGCUGCAGCAGCUGCAGUUGGUUCGGGUGGAUUUGCCUUCCAUGAGCAUCAUGAGAAGAAAGAGACAAAGGAAGAAGAGGAAGAGGCUUAUGGAAAGAAGAAGCACCACCACUUCUAGAUCUAUGUGGAUUGUGGAACAUCAUCUUUUGACUACAUAUGCAAUGUUGUGUUUUUACUAGUUAUCAUGUGGUGUGAUCAGUGAGAGUGUGAUGCUUAAUCUCAACAAUAUCGCUACAAUAGUUGAGUGGUUAAAUGUCCUUUUCAAUUAAUGGGUGCUAUCUGGUUUUCUUUUAGCAUGCCAUCUAUGUAUGUAUGUAUGUAUGUAUGUCAUUGUUAUUGUUCAUAAUAAUACUGUUUACUCGGUGUUUAUUUCCUA